CGCGUGUGUGGAUUAAGCCGGCUGUUGAAGUUGCAUUGUGCUUGGAGCCCAAAACUGGGCGCGGGGAGUUGUCGGCUUGCCAGAAAUAACGCUGAAUGUAUACGUAACAGCCUGCAUAUGAUCGAAUUGAUGACGUUCCGGUUCGUUUGUUCCUUGCUUUUCACCUAGUCGUUUUGAACACCCCAUCACCGUAUCUGAAAGGCAGCCAAGAUGAUGAAGAUGAAGCUUGUAGACAACGUGGUUCGGAGCUUUCGGGUUGCUAAGGUGUUUCGAGAAAACACUGAUAAGAUUAACAACUUGGAUUUUGCUGCAAAUGGAGAAAAUCUCAUAUCCAGUAGCGAUGAUGAUCAAAUAAUCAUCUAUGAUUGUGAAAAAGGAGUACAGAAGAGGACAGUGAACAGCAAGAAGUAUGGUGUGGAUCUGAUCCAUUUUACUCAUGCCAAGAAUGCAGCAAUUCACAGUUCAACUAAGAUUGAUGAUACCAUCCGGUACCUAUCAUUACAUGAUAACAAGUACAUCAGGUACUUUCCUGGUCAUACCAAGAAGGUGGUGACACUCUGCAUGUCGCCGGUGGACGACUCGUUCCUGUCCGGCUCCAUGGACCGCACACUGCGUCUCUGGGACCUGCGCUCGCCCAACUGCCAGGGCCUGAUGCACCUGUCCGGCCGGCCGGUGGCCGCCUUCGACCCCGAGGGGCUCAUCUUCGCCGCCGGCGUCAAUUCGGAGAGCCUCAAGCUCUACGACCUACGCUCCUUUGACAAGGGUCCCUUUACGACGUUCAAGCUGAGUCAGGAGAAGGAGUGUGACUGGACGGGCGUCAAGUUCUCCCCCGACGGCAAGACGCUGCUCGUCUCCACCAACGGCUCCAUCAUCCGCCUGGUGGAUGCCUUCACCGGCCAACCGCUGCAGACGUUCACGGGCCACCUGAACAACAAGGGCAUCGCGCUGGAGGCGUCGUACAGCCCCGACUCGCAGUUCGUGUUCUCCGGCUCCACUGAUGGCAGGCUGCAUGUCUGGAACGCCGAGAACGGCUACAAGCUGUGCGUGCUGAACGCUGACCACACGGGACCGGUGCAGUGCGUGCAGUUCAACCCCAAGUACAUGAUGCUGGCCUCGGCCUGCACCAACAUGGCGUUCUGGCUGCCCAACAUGGACGAGGUGGCUGCCGGACCGAUGUAGCGGCUGCUGCUGACGACAGCCCGGAGAAGACCGGCCCGCGCCACUGCCGCCCGGCGGCCGGUGGCGCGCCGCCCUGUACAUACCGACAGUCAUGUUCAUACGGCGCGCGAGGUGUCAGCGCAAACCGGGCGCUGCCGCCGUUCGGUGUCCCGCCGCCGCCGUCGGCUCGGGGACGGUCGCGCGCGACGCCGUGGUUUCUCGUGUCACAGGUUCAUUCCGUUCCCGAAAUAUACCCGCGAUGUUUUUCCA